CGAGGGGAGAAGCGUCUGUUGCACCUUCCCCACUGCACCAGAGACAUUUGUCUGAAUCUUCGAUACAGUCGUGGUCAGAAUGCGAGGGCUUUAUCCUGUUUUAUUUUUUUUCAUCUUUGUCUGCAGCGUCAGGGCUAAGAAGGUGCGAUGGUGCACAGUGUCAGAUCCUGAGCAGAAGAAGUGUGCAGAGCUGGCGAAGGCUCUGGUGGCGGUGCUGCCUCAGGCUGAUGUCGCAGCUUUUGGCAGACUCUCCUGCAUACGAGCGCCCAGCACGGCCGACUGUGUGGAUAGGAUCAAGGGAAACCGUGCUGACAUUGUGAACGUAGAUGCAGGAGAAGUUUAUUCUGCUGUGAAGCAGUUUGAUCUUGUUGCCAUCGCCAAGGAGAUCUACAGAGACGGAGGCUGUAUUCUGUCUGUGGCGGUGGUGAGAAACGACAGCCUGGACAUACGGUCCCUGCAGGGCCACAGGAGUUGUCACAGUGGGGUUCGAUGGACGGCUGGAUGGAGUCUCCCCCUCGGGUUCCUGCUCUCCCGAAACUACCUGAGCUGGUCUAAAGAGCAUCCUCUCAGUCAGGACGUAGUCUCCUUUUUCGGUGCCAGCUGUGUUCCCGGAGCCGCUGCCAUGGCACCUACUCUGUGCGCUCUGUGCCGAGGCCAGAAGUCGUACAUUCGCCAGAAGAACUAUCACUGUGAGACGUCUCAUAGUGAGCCUUUCUACAACAACCAGGGAGCCCUCAGGUGUCUCAGGUUGGGGGUUGGUGAUGUUGCAUUUGUGGACCAUCUGGCUCUCGAAAGUAUUGGUGAGAGUGAGCGUGAUGAGUUCAGGCUACUAUGUGGCGACGGCACGCAAGCUCCUCUCAGCAGCUACAGGAACUGUAACCUGGGACGAGGACCAGGAGGAGGCACGGUUACCAGAGUCAAUUUCCGCAAGCUGGCUCGCAAAUUUCUAGCAACUGUGCAGACGCUGUUUGGCCGACAAGGAAGAGAGAGGCAGCGCUUCCAACUCUUCCACUCGUCGACGUUCGGAGAGCGCGACCUUCUCUUCAAAGACGCGACGGACAAACUGGCUGUCCUGGCAGACGGCAUGGACGUCAGUCAGGUGCUGGGCCUGGAUUAUGUCGCGCUGCUCAAAGGUCUCGGCCACGAAGGAAGCUCCUUGGAGGACAGCGUUGUGCGCUGGUGCUGCAUCAGCCACGCGGAGCAGACGAAGUGCGAGCAGUGGGCCCUCAGCAUAAAGUCUGACCCCCUGGUGUGUGUCAGGGCCGUGUCCAUGCGUGACUGCAUCGAGAAAAUUAAGAGGGACGAGGUGGAUGCUGUCUCACUGGAUGCAACUCAUUCAUUCAUCGCCGGGAAAUGUGGACUUGUCCCUGUGGUGACAGAAUAUUAUGGAAGAAACUGUGUGCCUGCUAACGGAUCCACUCACUUAGAAACAGAUGUCUUGCCCUCAGUGGUGGGGGUUGCGGUCGCAAAGCGAUCCAGCAGGAACGUACUCAUGGGGAAUCUGGGAAGCCGGCGCUCCUGCCACAGUUACACUUACAGCCCUGCAGGCUGGCUGCUGCCAUACAGGCACAGAUUAAGUCACGAGCACAACAGCAGCUCCCCCUGUGAUCCAAACCAAGUGUACAACCAGGUGUUUUGGAAAGGCUGUCUUCCUGGCUCUCAGGGGAAUCUGUGCAAAGUGUGUAUGGGAGGCACAGGGGAGGCCGCCACCAAACGCUGCGCUGACAACCACAAUGAGCGUUACUAUGGCAACAUGGGGGCUUUAAGGUGCCUGGUUGGAGAUCCCAGUGGUAAAAGCUACGGCGACGUGGCCUUCCUCGAGCACCACAACCUCCUCGACAACAUCCUCAGUUUGGGUUCCACCGGCUGGGCGGACGGGUGGUCGUCGACGGACUUCGAGCUGCUCUGCAGCGACGGCCGCCGCGCCCCGUUGUCGGAGUGGGAGAGCUGCAACCUGGGAGUCAUCCCUCCGAACACCGUCAUGACGCGGCCGGUCCUCACAGCGCGAGUGUACGACUUCCUCAUGAAGUCACAGGAAACUCUGGCAGCCAGCCCCAACACGGACUUCAAGCUCUUUGAGUCUCAGCAAUAUGGAGAAAGUGAUCUGCUGUUUAAAGACGCAACCCAGUGUUUCGUCCACACAAGCCACAUGGACUACCGCUCCAUCCUCGGAGAGGAGUUUUACACUCAUGUCGAAACCGUCUUCAACUGCACGCAGUCCGAUAUCUUGGAGUUUUGUAUUCAGGAUGUGUGCAGCAUAUUGUAAUGGAAGAAAAAAACAACACUACUUUUCUCUGCUUCUGGGUGGUUCAGCUCUUCAUCCAUGUAUUUUAUUUCAUACCAGAAGACUCUAAUCAGUCACUCGUACCAUUGUGUUCAUGAAAAAAACUGCACUGAAGGACUGGUUAAACAUAACGAGGCCAUAUCGCUUCAAUUAUGAUGUAAGAUGAUUCACUAAUCUUUGUGUCUUUUAAACAUAUUAAUACAAUAAUAAAAUAUUUUUAUGGCAAGAAAUAUCAACACAAAUACAUAUGAAUGUAAAAUGGAUGUGUUUAGACUGUGAACAUAUCCAAAUGUAUACAGGGCCAGUAAAAUCAAGUUUAUAUAAUAAAUGUUAAAAAACAAA